CAUUCCUUCCAAAGCUCUUGAUGUGGCAACUCUCUAUCGCAAAUUAAUUUCCUACCUGUCCCACAAUUUGCAUACAAUUCGUAAAUCUGUGCUAAACUCGGAUCCUUUUUCUGCACUGUGUGAAAAAUAAAAUAGAUUGUUGAUUGAUAAUUCGUAUUUUAAAUAAAUUUCAAUCAUCUUAAAAAUAGUUUCGGCAAAACUGUGUAUUAAGAAAAAAUUAUCGAACCUCUCCGCUUACCUGUUUACACGUAUAAACUGAAAAUUAACCCAGUAUUGAAUUAAGAGAGAACUGUGAUAAAAAGUGACUUUAAUAAAGUUAGUUAAACACGUCUGACUUUCGCUAAAUCAUUUUGUGGUCAAUGAGAGUUUUAUGUUUUGAGGAAAAUCGCUGUGCCAGUUUUUUCCUUAUAAAAACAAUCUAAUAAAAAAUUAAAUUCGAGUACUCAUCAAAAAUAUCAGACUUUAAAUAAAUAAUAAUCUGAAAUUUUAUCGCACGUGUUAAUUAACAAUUUUCAUAUUUGAUGAAGUUAAGUAAAUUAAGUUGUACCCAAAAUUAGUUAAGUUACAACUAUCGCAUUAAUUAAGUUGUAACAAAUAAAAAAUUGGGUUGAGUACAAUUACAAGUUAAAUGUUUGCGAUUUACAUAAACAUUUUCGUGACUUCAUGUCAUCCAAAAAGUGCAACAAGAAUCGCGUGGUUAUAACUUUAAAGUCAAACUGCAAUAAUCUAAAUUUUUAACCACAAUUCCCCUAAAGAUGAAAUUCUAAUCAAAUUCGAAAAGUGAAUGUUAAUGCCAAAGUUUAUGGAGGGUCAAGUUUAAAAUACCUGAAUCAUCAUAUUAACGCCGUGCUCGUUAUUCGAGACACUUUUAUCUCAGAUUAAAUUGCAUGUAGACAAAGCCGACUCGUUUACAUAAAUCUGUUGCGUUCGACUUUGUGAUAAUAUUCAUUUUGUAACUUUAGCACAUUGUAUUUCUACUGCAACGGAGUGGCUCCGUUUCUUUGAACAGAAAUCAAAUGUAGCAAGAAAAAAAACUUGCAUUAUAAAUCUACCCAAGAAAUUUCACUUUGUGCAAAUAAACCGUGACUGAUUUUUAAAAGAUAGAAAAAGUUAUAAAAUGGGGAACUUUGCUUGCAUUUGGACAUUAACUAUUUGCUUGUUGAUCUCUGCCAAUUUCUUUUUGGAAAUUAAUGGACAUCAUGAUCAUGAUCAUGAUCAUCGCCAAGAAUAUUUUGGUGUGACUGAUGCCACUGCCAACUUUACCACGCCUUCUGUACCGGAACAGUUUGGGAAUGAAACUGGAGUUCGGAACAAACGAAAUGCUGGAGCAAAUAGCCCUGAAAGUCUCCUCGCCUCCUGUCAGUUGACCAAUCUUCUUCUCUACCAAGCUCUACAACAGCAACGCCAAGUAAAUGCUAACCCGCUUCUUGCCCUGGCCACCUCCAAUCUUCAAGGAUUAGCCGGUUCUAAUCUGAACCUGAACAACUUGUCGCCACUCGGCCAACAAAUCGGAGGGGGUUUGGUAGGUGGAACUGGUCCCGGAAACUUUUUGAAUCCCCUCGCAGCCAUCAAUCAAAACUUGGUGUACCCAUCGCUCACCACGUACCUCACAACUUCCACAUUUACGACGAAAAUGACCACAACUGCGCUUGUCACGGUGCCCCUACUUUUUGGCAACAAACCCUUCAGCACGACAAUCACCCGGACGAAAACAUUCGAUGUAACCACGUCCGAGAUUAAAACCAUCACUUCCACCGUCACACCAACGCUUGUCGUACCGCAAAUUAAGGCUUCUCCAGUGGCCGGGGAUGACGUGUCCGUCGUGGUCCCGACAGCCAUCGUAGGAGGAGGAGGGAGCAGUAAGAAGGAAGAGAUCGUGGUAGCAGACAACACGGGUGCCACAAACAAGAAUGAGUAUGACGCCUACGAGGAUGACACCCAAUAUCAUAACGAUGUCCAAGAAGAGACGCGAGCCCCAAGUAAGAAGAUUUAUCUUCGUGAAAGAGGCAGCCCAGUUGAUACGGAUCAGUUCGUGUCACCCUCAAAACCUUCAAAAACCUCGAGCAGCAGAGGUACGACUACAUUCACGAAUUCCGCGGAUAAGAAGCAGAGACGAAAGACGAGACCCACGACCACCACGGAAUCUCCGCCGCCCCCUCAAAGGUCGCCUACAAAGUAUGCUCAAAAAGAUGCCGAAAUCACGACCAAGUCCAAGUCUCAAAGACAACAUGGUAGCCAAUAUCAAUCUCCAGCAGCAACAGGACAAGACGAGUACGACUACUAUGGAAGCUAUUACGGAAAUAAUCCUACCCAAGCUCCAACAACACGAGAGAAAAGUAAGAAGAAGACGUCGACGGCAUAUGGCCAACAACAGCCUCAAGUUCAACAGGAACAAUUCUACAAUCGUCAAUAUGGAUCCAGCAUCCAAGAGGAUGACUCUCCGAUUGAGGAAGACCCUGCCGCAGUCCAAUAUUCCGACGACUAUGGAUAUUACAAUAGACGUUUAAAGCGAGGGGAGCAGAACGGGGAUGAAGAAGAGGAAGAUGACGAGAACCCAAGAUUGGCUCGAGAGUAUUUACUAGAGCCCAGUUCGGAUGGCGACUAUUCAGGAAAUUAUCAAAAGUAUGAGAAAUGUCCUCCCAUCCCGGCAAAUACUCCAGUCACGGUCACUCUUACUGAGACGAGAACGAUUACAAAAUUCCUAAAAGGACAAAUAUCCACGCCAACAGUGGCACAAAACUAUGCAUAUUCGCCCACUAGCACCACCUCAUCGAGAGGUUUCACUCCAUCCAGUAGUGGAUCUUCUCGGAGGGGAGGAUCUUUCAGCAAGAGGAAUCGGGAUUCCACCCCAGCAGCAGCAGAGACUUUUUCAAAUUAUGCUGCAAAGGCACAAAACACAGCAACGAGCAGAAGUGUUCCCACGACGCAAGAAGAGCGUACCACAGGGGACCCUCGAGCCCAGAUUUUGAGACGAGGAAAAACGCGAUACAAUCCCAGCCAAGACUAUGAGUACAGAGGGUAGAGGAGACAUGUAAAAAAUUACCAUAAAAUUCAACAGUUAGCCAAUACUAUGAUAAUGAUUCCAAAAAUUGUGGAGGUUAUUUUGACUUUUUUUUAUCUAAAUGCACAAACCUUCAAUACCUACAUUCAUUUCGUAAGUUCAUAGCUCAAUUUUUUAUAUGUAUGUAAUGAUAAUGGAACUGUGAUGUACAAUACUUUUAGAUUUAAUUUUACCAAAUGUCGUCAGCUUUUAAAUAUUUUUAAUUACAUUAAUGUAAUGUCGAUCGAUGUGUUUAGAGCGUACCAUAAUUUUUCAAAAUGUCUGAAACUAAAAAAUAAACAUUUUUGAUUCAUAA